AUGGAAGCUUUUAGCUUGCUCAAGUAUUGGCGAGGCGGUGGUACUAUUGCCUGUGUUAAUACACGUUCCACCGCCACUUGCACCACCACCAUAGUCACCGCCGCUACUCCUCAUCUGGCGGUUGACACAGAAGACGACGACGUCGUCGAUGAUGGCCCUUUCUUCGACUUAGAAUUUGCAGUCCCUGAUGAGUAUGGAACAGAGGAAAACGAAGAUAAUGUUGUAGAUGAAGGGAGCCAGGAUUCAAACGACGACAUUGAUACGAAUUCCGACGGUCGCUGCUCCGGUAGUGAAGCAGGGCAAAACAAUGGCCAAUCUGAGUCAAACUCGUCUUUGGACUCGGACCCUCCUCAAUUUCGUGUCUCGUUUUUUAAGUCGGCAUCCAAAGUUGGGAUUUUUUUGCUGAGGAUGAAGAAAUCAGCCUCCAAUGGAACUGUUACUCCCAGAAAACAAGAAAAAACGAAAGAACCGAACAGUGUCAACAACAAGAACAGGUUUUUUACAGUGAAAUUUAAGGUCGAAGAGGUUCCCAUAAUGUCUCUGUUUUCCAAAGACAACAAAUCCCAUAAACAGCAAACCUCCGAUAACAACUCUGUUUCGGAUGGAGAAGCUAAGGUUUUCAGGGGCUGUAAUGCCACCGUCUACGGUGGCUCAAGAAUCGGUUUCGGGGAAGACAACGGCGGCGGCUGGGGAGAAUCGGGUAAAACUGGCGAGUGCUCGAACAGGACUUAG